GCUGCCUGGACGGUAGCUAAUUUGAACGCAUUAAGAUAUCAUCACGUGGACAGAGUAACAUUUACUCUCUCUGACUUCAUCAUUGUCAGGACGACAUAAGUGGGUCUUCGUCUUCGUCAGAUCGCCUUUCGACCUUCCUCCCAAAACAUUCCCUCCCCGUCAUCUCCUCCCUGAAUUCUCGAUAACCAUUUCGAAAAAACAGAGCUUUAAACAUACUUCAGAGAGAGAGAGAGAGAGAGAGAGAGAGAGAUGGAGAUGGAAGGCAUAGACAGGACCGUCGCCGUUAACGGCAUCACCAUGCACGUGGCGAUCAAGGGCCCCUCCGGCGGCCCCACCGUCCUCCUUCUCCACGGCUUCCCGGAGCUCUGGUACUCCUGGCGCCACCAGAUGGCGGGGCUCGCCGCCCUGGGGUACCGGGCCGUGGCCCCGGACCUCCGUGGCUUCGGCGACACCGACGCCCCCGCCUCGGCCGCGGGCUACACGGGCCUGAGCGUGGCGGGGGACCUGGCGGCCCUCCUGGACGCCGUGGCUAAAGGAGAGGAGAAGGUGUUCGUGGUGGGGCACGACUGGGGAGCGAUCGCGGCGUGGCACUUGUGCCUGUUCCGGCCGGCAGUGAAGGCGCUGGUGAACCUCAGCGUCCCGUACCCGCGCCACCCCGCCCGGAAGCCCCUGGAGAGCCUCAGGGCCGCGUAUGGUGAAGACUACUACAUCUGCAGAUUCCAGGAGCCUGGAGAGAUGGAAGCUGAGUUUGCUCAGAUCGGUACAAGGAGAGUCCUUGAGGAAUUCUUGACAUACCGAAACCCAGGCCCGCUUUUCUUGCCGAAAGGGAAAGGGUUUGGGCACCCUACAGACACCCCGAUCGUCUUGCCCUCAUGGCUGACUGAGGAAGAUGUUGACUAUUAUACUUCCAAGUACGAGACAACAGGGUUUACUGGUGGAUUCAACUACUACAGAGCUUUGGAUCUGAACUGGGAGCUCACAGCACCAUGGACCGGGGCUCAGAUCAGAGUACCAGCCAAGUUCAUGGUCGGUGACUUGGACCUCACUUACAAUUCUCCAGGCACUAAAGACUUCAUACACAAAGGCGGGCUCAAGAAGUAUGUGCCUUUUCUAGAGGAUGUGAUGGUCAUGGAAGGGGCUCACUUCAUCCAUGAGGAAAGACCUCAAGAAGUCACCCAACACAUUCAUGACUUCUUCCAAAUGUUCUGAAGCUUCAGGACUUGUCCUCUUCUCAAUUGAGUGCCGGUAUUGUCAAAACCUAUUAAAAUGAUGUGAGUGUGAAUAAGUCUGUUCAUUGGCUUUGUCCCGAUCCCAAAUAUUUCUCUAUGUACACGAGACUCUGAAGCUGCUAGCUUUUUUCUGCUAAAAUGAUAUUUUCGCUUUUCCUAGAGACUCAAA